AUGUCGAGCACUUCGAAGCUUCCUUAUGUUCCUCUGGAAAGCAACAAGACUGAUAUCCGACUCCUCACUGUUCUCCCUUCAAUAUCCAGCGAGGCUACAAUACAAUGCUCACUCGAAAACGCCUCACUCGACUCUUUGGACGGGGACCAGCCAUACCGUGCUUUAUCGUACGUCUGGGGUGAUCCAAAGGUCACCAUUCCAAUCAUGGUCAGUGGUGUCCAAAUGAAUGUUACCACAAAUCUCGCCGCUGCGCUCCGUCAUGUGAGAGCCAUCGGCUAUAUAGACAAACCAUGGUGGAUUGACGCAAUAUGUAUAAACCAAGACGAUAUCGCAGAAAAGGGCCAUCAAGUUCACAUUAUGGGCGAUAUCUAUCGGAAUGCCGACGAGGUCCUCGCUUGGCUCGGA